AGCCAUUUUGGCUCAAGCCUGGCUCGGGCGCGCACGCGGGCGCUUGGGCACGAUGGCGCGGGAUGUCGCCCCGUGUGGCGACAGUCGGCCUGAUGCGAGCGGCCCUCCUGGCUGGCCCUGUUCGGCCAAGCGUCGGGAGGCGCGCAAGGCGGCUGCUGCGGCAGCUUUGGUAGCCGUGCACCGCCUGUCGCUCGAGGUGCGGGCCUGGCGCAGGCUUUACGAGGACCUCGCGGCGGCCCUCGGGGCUACGGGCGCGGACGGUGAGCUGAGCAGGCGCUUGGCAGCUGCCGCCCCAGCCUUGGCCGCCCUCAUCCGUGGGAGGUGGGAGGUGCCGACUGCGGUCGAGCGCCUGAGGCGGAACGUGGCCCUCCAUGCGGAAGCCGAGGACAUCGACCUGCUGGACGCUGGGGCUGCGCAGCUCCGCGUGGCGCAGCACGGCCCGAGGCUCGGCGCUAAGUCCGCGGCUCCCGAGGCGGGCGCCAUCGGUGGUGCCUUUGGGGAACAGCUGGACGAUGAGCCUGAGGAUAAGGAGUGUGAGCGUGAGGUCGCGGUGAUCUGGCGCGCCCUUUGCCAAGCGCGGAGGCGGCGGGCCCGCUUCCUGACCUGCCCGCUGGUGCGAUGUGUGCUGCGGAUCUGGAGAAGGCCCUCUCGCGACCGCGGUUGGCGCCAGGCGUGUGGGCCAAGCCGCAUGCCGAGACUGCGUCCUUCGUUUCGGGCCUUGCUGCGGGCUGGCACCUGGCUGAGCGCGAGCCUCAGCAGCCGCCAGGGAUGCGCUGCACAUGCGGUGCCGUGGUCUUCUCGGCCCCGCCGCUGGCCUCUGUGGUGCCCCAGGCGGCGUGGCAGGCGGAGGGCGCCCUGACGCCGCCGCCGCACCCAGCGCUUCUGGAGUCCAAGUCAGGAGCAGGUGCGCCUGGUGUGGGCUCCGACGUCGACGACGUGAUCCUGGACGGCGAGACCGACGCGGACACCUCGUGCUCGGUCGGGGAGCAGCCAGACGCCGAACACGGGGGAAGUGUUGCAGCCGCCGCCGCCGCGUACCUCGCCGCCUUUCCGCAGGCCAUCCCCAGCGGGGGCAGCGGCGGCAGGGCUCGCUGCGAGGUCGCGGCAGGGGCUUGGUGGCGAGCGAGGGCCGUCGUCGCCCGUGCUUGGCUCACCGCUGGUGCUGCGACGGUGCAGGAGGGCGGUGCUGCGGGUUCUGCCACCCCGCCGCCGCCGCUGCUCGACGUGAUCGUGCCCCCCGGUGGGCAGGUCGUGCGGGCCGAGUGCCCGCUGCCGGGGUGUGCUGCCGGCGCCGAGGCGCCGCCGCUGCUGCGGAAAGUCCGCUUCGCAGAGGCCCCGCACGUAUACGAGAUUGGGAGCUGCUUGGGCCUGCGUGGUAUCCUUCGGCGGGCGUGCGCCCCAGGGUUUCUGGACCCCGCCUGGACGCGCCACGCAAAAGCCGUAGACCUGAUGCACAUGAUCGAGGGCGACUUCUUUGGCCUCAGGAUUCCUCCGACACGGAGGCCGCAGCGACAUAGAGCGAGAUUUACGGACGAGUCUCGUCUGGCCGAGGCCCUUCCGCCAGGGAUGUCCGUGGAGCGUGCCAGAGAGAUCGAUUGCCUUAUACGAUUGUGCGGAGGAUGGUAGCUCGGUGAUAUGACCGUAUCGGUCUUCCCCUCGCCUGGAGAUUGUCUGACAGCCCGCGAUUGACUUACUGGUGUACGUUGUUCGCUCGCUUGUCUCAGUGUACAGUUUCCACGUCUGUAUUGCGAGGGCAGGUGAGUGAAGGCUUCUUCCUUUUUGUUUAUGAUAUGGGGGGGUGAUGGAUAUGACGGCGCCAGCGUGGUUGGUGCUCCUUGUGAGACGUCUUGUCCAUGCGUGUUCGGAAUGCCUUCUGAGUGAUGGUUCGCCUUGCACGUCUGUUCCCACCGUGGUGGGUGGGAAAUCGAAUGUUUUCCUUUUCCCUGUGGGUGCCGCGGCCUUAUGGGUGAUGGCUCGCCUUGCACCGCUUGCGUUUUUUUUUUUUUUUUUCUCUCUCUUUUUUUCCCAGGUGUGUAUCUUUGGCCUCCGUGAGACCUGGAAGACCCCUUGAGGCGAGGUUGGGCCCUCCCUUGGGGCCAAGGUGCUCCGCCUCUGGGCCUCGGGGUUCGGUUUUUUUGCCUCCUGGAGCUCCUUGCUCUGUACGGGGACGGCCCUUCUAGGCCCUCUGGGUCUGGCCCAGAGGAGGCCUCGGGCUUUGGCGCCUCAGUGGUGCCCUCUAGCCUUAUAGGCUCCGCAGAAGCAGAACCAGAACCAGCCAAUAGACCAGACCAACCAGACCAGCCAGACCAACCAGACCAAACCCAGACCAGCCAG